AUGGAACUGCUACCACAGGGCAAGAAGAAUAAUACCAAUGUCACCUAUGAGGACCAACAAAAGAUAAACAAAUUUUCUAAACUGAUAAUGCGUAAGGAUAACCUAGAGAAAGAGUUGUUACAACAAAGACAGGAAAAAGAGUACCUGGACGAUGUAUCAUUAGAGAUUGAACUCAUUGAUGAAGAUGAUUUGGUGCCAUACAAGGUGGGUGCACUUUUCCUGCAAUUAAAGCAAAGUGAAGUGGUCGAACAAUUGGAAAAAGAUAUGGAGAGUGUUGACAGCAUAAUAGACUCACUCGAAACUCAAGAUAGUGAACUAGACGAAGAAGUAAGAGUACUGAAGAGCUCUCUAUAUGCCAAAUUCGGUGAUAAUAUCAACCUCGAACGCUAA